AGAGAGCCGGUGGGGAGGGGGGAGUCUAUAUAUGCAUCCCAAAGAGGCUGGUGCUCACAGGCACAGCUGGACUACUGGAUAACUGGACUCUGUGGAUAUUUAGCUGAGAAGGCUUUGCAGUUGAGCGUCUCACACUCAGAGGGGAGACGAGCUUCAAUCACUCCUGUGUCGCCUUUAUUGGUUUUUACUUUUGAUCUUAUUACACAAGAUUUGAAAAUUGAAGUAAGAAGCUUACGAAAAGAUAAUUGCUCUGAACCAGCACAUUAUCUGGCUGUGGAAAAUUAAUUAGGCUAGUUUGUGCAAAACACCCAAAGCAAAGAUGAACAGUGUGGCAGACUGGCUCGUGCAGAACAGGGACAAGAUCGAGAAAGGUGUGGAGAUCAUGGGGCAGGCGUCCGAAGUGCUGGCGGCCACCGUGGGCCAGCUUCACCCCGUGCUGGAGGCCGUGUUCGUGGCUUCGGCCGAGCUCCUGAGCAACCCGGAGGGAAAGGAGGCGCGCUACCUGACUCAACAGUUCGAGCUCGUCAACCAGAAGCUGGAGGGAAUCCAGGACGAGAUUGAUAAACUCGCGCUGGAGCUGCAAAAGACGUCCAUGAACAAGCAGAACUUUGACCGAGAGGCGCAGAUGCUCAGUCAGUACGAAAAGUUCCAGGACUUCGUCAACGCCAAGCCAAAGUUCAGGGAGAAGAAGAUGGAGAAGUUCCUCAUCCAUUACGAGAACACAGACGGGGACUUGAACCUGGACGCCCUCUACAACUCGGUCACUGGGGAGAACGUGUCAGGAGACCCGAUGCUGGACACCGUGGUUGCCACGGAGCAGAGGAGCAGGCGGGCGGUGGAGGACUUCUGUGCACGCCUCAAGAAGCUGUUCGUGGUGGGCAUCAUCGCCGUCAUGGGUCACGCCGCUCUCAAGGAAGGAGCGGUCGGCGAGGAGAUGGUGAAGAAGUGGCAGGGGCGGAUGGAGGACGUGGAGAAGAGGAUGAAGGCCGCCGUGGACGACUGCACGCAGAACUUCGCUCAACAAGCCAAGCUGGACAUGGAGCAGCAGCUGCAGGAGAGCCCCCGCGCUGUGGACCAAGACUUCACCAAAUCCCUUCUGGACUCACUGGUUAAGAAAUACGACUGGGUGAACUGGUCCAUCAGGGCCUUCAGCGACAGGGAGCGCAUUUUCUUUUUCAACUGGCUGGCGGGAAAAAAGUACCAAGGGAGCGGAGGAGCCAACUGGUUUGACAUUUUGACCAGUAACAAGGUUAAGGUGGUGAUCUCGUUCUGUGUCAACCCCAAGCCCAUCAACAAGAGUCAGAUCCGGGAGCAGAUAGAGCAGCAGAAGCUAAAGGGGAACAUGAUGGCAGUGGCUCUGGCUCUGAACAAGAGCUUUCCCAACUGCUUGGUCCACGCUGUGAGUCACUACAAGGAGGUGGUGGAGAUAAACAACUUCCACGAGGAUUGUUACUACUACGGGAAACACAAGCGUGCCUACCUGUGUAUCCACCCUGAGUAGCUGCAGUGUGAAUGUCUUCACCACAGACCUGGAAACAUAUAGAAAUCAGUGUCUUUGUUGAUACGUCAAUGUAUGCAAUCUUUUGUGGCUCUGUAAUUCAUAUCACAGCGUAUCUGUCUUUGGCACAUGUUGCUACGUGCUCACACUCCAAGGCUGAUCCCACACUUUAUCCCUUCAGAUUCUGGCUGUGGACAAUGCUGAGAACCAGUAACUGGCUUUUUGGCUUUAUUAGAUGUUUAAAUCAGCAGAUUGUUGCAUUCAUAUGGUCUAUAAAGAAAUAUAUAAAGUAUUUGGCCACAACACAAAAACGCAUAUAAUGGAUAGUGUUUCAUUUAUAUAAUCCAUCCUUAGAGAGAAAUACAACUUAGAUUAUUAUAUUAUUUCUAUAGCUAAAAACCUUAGUCCAACAUCUUGAGACGGCUGUACGUAUAUCUUACUCUUAUUUGUAAUAAACAAAUGAUAUGAA